CCUAUAGCUUCUUUCAAAUGGGCAAGAGGUCGUUUGAUCGGAAAGGGGAGUUUUGGAGAAGUUUAUUUGGCUUUGAAUAUCACGAAAGGCGACAUGUUGGCCGUGAAAAGAGUCACAUUAACGAUGGGAGAUUCCCAGCUGAUAACGGAGAGUGACGAGAAACACGGGAAGGCUGUAGCCGCGUUGAGAUCAGAGGUUGUAAUGCUUAAAGACCUCGAGCAUCCCAACAUUGUCCAAUAUCUAGGAUUCGAGGAAACAACGGAGUUCGCUAGCAUCUUUCUUGAAUAUGUUCCUGGUGGCUCGGUAGGAGGUUGUAUCCGAGCCCAUGGUGCCUUUGAAUUGCAAGUCACCAAAUCAUUCACAAUUCAGACUGUGGAAGGUCUCAAGUAUCUCCAUCACUCUGGAAUUUUGCAUAGGGAUCUAAAAUCCGAUAACAUCUUAGUUGAUCUAAAGGGAAAUUGCAAGAUUGCCGAUUUCGGGAUUUCUAAAGUAUCAUCCAAAGUGGACGCAUAUCAGACCAAUACCUGUAUGUCAUUCAAGGGUACUGCGUUCUAUAUGGCACCAGAGAUAAUUACAAAUCAGAAAGGUUAUAGUGCCAAGGCAGACAUUUGGUCAUUGGGUUGUGUAGUGUUGGAGAUGAUGUGUGGGCGUAGACCGUGGUCGGAACUGACUCAGCUUCAAGCGUUAUUCAAGGUCAGU